AUCUACAUUUAGAAAACCUUGAGUCUGAGGCUAUUAAGACAUCUGUGCUAUUAAUGUCUAUGGGACGGGAAAAACUUAUAUUCAGCGUUACCAAUAAGUGGAAAUCUCCCCAAAUUGCAGGAACUUUCAACAAUUGGAGUAUUAUUAGGGGAAUGAGUAGGUAGGUAUGUAGUAAGUAUGCAGGGAAUAUUUAAUUAUGUAUUUGCAUCUACACUCAGUAUUUUAUAUAUAUAUAUAAAUAAGUGGGGUUUUCCUUCCUGACGCUAUGUCAGAUACAAGUUCGUAAUUUGUCCUCUCGAGUGUAAGCAGUGCAGCAUGGUUACACACGCCUUUAAGGGUUAAGCUUUUAAUUUGUGUAAAUGUUUGUCAUACUUCAAAUUACCGUUAUGAAAAUUGGACUAUCAGUUAAAUGAAAAAACUCAUUUAUUUUAAUAAUUUUGAAAUUCUACCCCUAUGAAGUUAAAUAAGCAGGGGAUGAAAGUGGUAGUCAUGGUGUACCGUGUAGUACUUCCUCGUACAAUCUCGAUCUCAAAAAAUGCUCUAGGUAGGUAUUAUUAAUGUGCAGUGUAAUGGGGUUAAAAAAGAAAUGAAAAUUUACUCAUGUUCUGGCUGACGAACUCGCGGGCGUAGUAUUGAAUAAAAUCAAUUAAGUACAAAAAUAUUAAAUUGAAAUUUAGCAAAAGUUCUAGUAAAUGUAAAUCAAACGCAUGAGGAUAAUGGGAGUUGGGAUUACGCUUCUAUUUUCAGGGAAUUGUGAUACUUUAGAUGGGCAAUGUUACUUAAUUGUCAAGCUGAUCGGCUGUCACUGUCAGUCAUCAUUAUUUUUAGUUUGACGUUUGUGAUCAAGUUAUAAGAAGAAAGACGAAAAUCGUAAUUCCUGAUUCAUCGACUAAUCUGGACUUGGACUAAUAAUUUAAUUAAUCGUCAGUAUUUCCCAGUACUCAGUACUCACAAUUUUUAUUUGACGUCCGUGACUUCAACCGUAUAUCAACAUUAAGAUUUUGUUUGAACGAUUGUUGAUGUUGUUUCAUUUAAUCAGUUUUAGUUGUUUUGUAAUUUGUUUGGUGUUAUUGAAUUAGAUGUUAUUUAAAACUGAAAUAAAAAAUAACUUAUUGUAAGUGUUAAUAAAUAACAGGUACCUAUUCAGUUAGAGUAAGUACCUACUAUUUUAGUUUUUCCUCGCUCAUAUGCUCCUGUGUUAACACACAACACAAUUUGUGAUAACACAUUACAAAUUGUUUAAUGUAAGUUUGAUAAUUUAUACUUACCAAAUACUCUUUCAAAUAGGAAGUUAAUUCCAAGUGUUAAAGCAGACUACAGAAAUGUUUGAAACUUUGCAAUAUUUACAAGAGCUUGUCAAGAAAUCCGGUACUGAUGAUAAAAUAUACGAUGGUAUGGCGAAAGAUGAUCUGUCUGAGAUGGUAAUGCCUGUGCUGAACAUCUAUAAAUAUACUAUUGCUUUACCUGCUACAUUAGAGUUUAUUCACAAGAGUGAUUCCAAGUCAACGUCGUUUCGCAACUUGGGGAAUGAUUUUUAUAAAAGAGGCUAUUAUCAAAAAGCUUUGGCGUCGUACAAUCAAGCGUUAUUAUAUGCGUCGAAGAACUCAACAGAAAUGAAACUUGGUUAUAGUAAUAGAUCUGCAUUAUUCAGCACGUUACAAUUGGGAUCUGCCUGCAUAAAUGAUAUUGAAAAAGUAUUUGCUAUGGGUUGCCCCAUUGAGAUUAAGGAAAAGUUGAUUAAAAGGAGAAUGGAAGCACUCCCACUUCUGUUUGACGAAGAGUUGCAUAAAAAAAUUAAGAGCGGUGUGUCAAGAGAUAUUGCAGACCCAAAUGCAACAAAAUAUAAUAGCCUAAUACCGUGUGUAAAUUCUGAUGUUAAUAUUGACAGUUCUACAGAUAAGCCUAAAGUUGUUGCUUCUGCGAAUAUGAAAGUUGGUUCUGUUGUUGGAUCAGAAACAGCAUACGUAAGCCUCACAUCGAGUCCAAACAAUUUUGUCUCUUGUCAUUUCUGCCAAAAAAAAGCAUUGAAUUUAAUACCAUGCGAAGGUUGCUGUUGUGCAUUAUUUUGUGAUGAAGAAUGUAAAAAGAAAUGCAUGGAAGAAUAUCAUGAGGAUGAGUGUAAAAUUAUAGAUGCCAUUGAAGAUGGUUGCUUGCCUACAAUCAAUGUUGCAAUAGCAGUUAAAGCAUGCUUUAAAUUAAGAAGAUCCUGUAAAUCAUGGAAUGAAUUCAUCACUGCCUCCAAAAAUAUGGGAAGCGACAGAAUAAAAUCUAGUUCUUUCAAAGAGAUAUAUGGCACUAAUAAGUAUUCCAUUUUAUCUAUCAACGAUGAUAGAGUUUUUGUACAUGGCACCCUUUAUAAUUCCUGUUUUCUAUGUGCUAUUGUAUUAUAUUGUCUAGAUUUAACACCUUCGUAUCUACCAAAGGACACUGUUGAAAGAGAACAAUCCAUAAAAGCACUGGCCAGAGUUAUUAUGUUCAUAGCUACAUACCAAAAAGUUUUUCCCAUAAUUCAAAAUGAACAUAACUUGAAAUUGGAUGAAAGCUAUUAUGCCGAAAUAAAAAAUAAUGGAUUAUAUCCAUUUAUUGCAAAAUUGAAGCACUCUUGCAGUUCAAACUUAAUGUUGGCCACCAAUAAUAAUAGAUUAGUAAUGAUAGCUAUUCGGCCAAUCAAAAAAGGGGAUGAACUGACUGUACCUUUUUUAUGGCCCAGACUUGAUGCUCCUAUACCCAAAUGGAUUCUGAAUAAAAACUCAUUUGUCAAUUAUGGAACCGUAUGUGGAUGCACCAGAUGUGCUAAUGAUUCUGAAGAUAUAAAAAAUAAUGAUCAGCUCUCCGAGUACCAAAGAGAAUUUAUCUCUCAACGUGUAGACCACAAAAACUACACACACGCAGAGAUAUCGAAAAUUUUAGCAGUUCUUGACAAUGUGCGUGACUCGAAAGUAUACAAUAUUUUUUACCAAUAUUUCCGUACUAAUAUUAGUGUAUUUGAACUUUUUAAUGGUGGCAACAUAGUUCUUGAUAACAGUUUUGAUAGAAAGUAGAAAUUAUCCAUUUAGCCCGUAUAGCCUAAUAGGCCGUACAGACUACUUUAGUAUUUUAGUUGAGUACGAACGAUUUUUGGGCGGUAAAUUAAAAAAUCGUUCAUGCUCUACUAAAAUACUAAAGUAGUCCUAAUGGAGAUGAUGACUAGGUUGGAAUAUAUUGAUUUUUAUAAUAAAUUCGGAUAAAUAAGGUCAAAGUUAACUAAUUUAUACAUAAAAAGCAAAGAUUGACUGGGUAUUUGCAAAAAAAAUAAGAUUAUAAAAUUUCAAAAUCUAAUAAAAAUCUUUUAUGGUUAUUAGAUAAAAAUUCAUACACUUUUAGCUUACUUACAUUAAAUGUGUCAUUUUUCGAAAAAUGAACUAUUAACAUAAACGCACAAAUAACAAAGAUAUUAGUAAUUUUGUUUGAACGCCCAUACAAAUCUAACGAUCAGCGAGCCAACGACGUCACUAACUCGUGCCAUUUUGUAUGGAGCGUUUUUCAGGGAUCCGCGGCAGCGCCGCAAAUCUGACUCUUUAAAUCCCUGUAGCUCCGAAAGUAAUGAUCGCAGAUACCCUGUUCCUUUUACAAAAUUGCUUUACUAUUAGUAUACUCUUAAUUUAUAUACAAUUUAAAAAACUGUCAUCAUCCCUAUUUGGAUUUCUAUAGUAAACUAAGUACCAGCGCUUACAAUCAGUUAUCUAAUGUAGGUACUUACAUAUGUAAGAUUAGGAAUGCUGCGCUGGUGCAGUGUAACAAAUUCAAACAAGCCUGUGUUUAAUCUUGCAAAUUAUAUAUAAAUACUAAUAAUAUAUAAAUUACGUGUUACAUUGUUUGUCAGCGAUGGACUCGUAAAUUACUUGACCAAUUUUAAUCAAUUUUGUUCACCGUCUGCAGUUUGAUCCAACUUGAAAAAUUGGAUAGCUUAGGUAGGUACAUCAAGGUUUCUCAAAAUGGGGUACGCGAACGCCUAGGGAUUUGCCAUUCGACGGCAGGGGGUUCGCGACAAGAUUUACGUAAUGGAGGCUUGAUAACUGAUACCAAGUCAGAAUUAAGGUUAAAAUUGGCCUAAAUUACUCCUAACAUUGAAUCCACUGGCGACUGUCACUUGGAAAUUUUAACAGAGGUUCGUGGAGCCGAAAGUUUGAGAAACCCUGGCUUACAUGAUACAUUUCAAGGGUGGGGUAGGGGAAGACUAGUGUUAGCGUAGGAGUAAGCCCUGAAUGUUCCAUUCGUCCUUUUUUUUAUUUUUUUACUUUGAUGUCCUUUUUUUUAUUUUUUUACUUUGAUGUCCUUUUUUUAUCAACCCGUCUAGCAAAACAACGUUUGCUAACGGCCAGUUUCUUCAUCGUAAGUAACAGUCAAAGUAACGUCAUAAAGCAAAAGUGACUGUCUUAAUCACGGAAAAAUAAAUACUACUGUAAAGUCUUCUUUACUACUGUAAAGUCUUCUUUACUACUGUAAAGUCUUCUUUACUACUGUUACUUUAGCUUCACAUGAAGAAACUGGCUGUUAGUCAGCUAGUAUUAAUAUCAUAUAAACUGUUGUAAAAGAUAAUAAUCUGUACAUACUUAAAUAUAUUAGUUUUGUAGUAGUAAAAAUUAACUUAUUAAGA